ACUUGCUGUUUGCAACUACAUGACUACGACGUGAAGCUGCCUAAUAAUAUUAUGUUUUAUGGAGGACGUGAACAAGCGACCACAAAAUUUUCUCUCUCUAUCUGAACUUGGAUAUAUGUGGUUGUUUAUAGGAAUUCUAUUUCAGGAAAGUUCACCAACAUUUGACAAAGUAAGUGAGUUGGCGACAAAGUCAGGGGCAAGCUGCUACAUGACCCCUAUUUCAUAACUUUCGGCCACGUGUUAUUAACCAUAGCCUAGUAGAUUCCAUUUACCAGCGCUUUGGAAACUCCAGAUUUUGGAAUUUGAUUUCUUUAUCGCGCGCAAAAUUCAAAGUCGGGUUUCAGCCAAAGUAAUCAAGUUCUGCUAUUGACCACUCCAGAAAAUACAAUAACAUACCGUAAUACUGUUUGUUGGUCACUCUGCCAAAAUUUUGCAUAAGCACUGUUUUUCAGUUUCUCUUGGGAGUUAAAUGGCCCCAAGAGAAACUGAAAAACAGUGCUUAUGCAAAAUUUUGGCAGAGUGACCAACAAACAGUAUUAUGACUAAACUGUUAUGGUAUUUUCUGGAGUGGUCCAUAUGGAUUUCAAUCAGAUCUAAACGGGAAUUCGCGUUCUCUAUUUUUAAUUGUACCUCUAAUUUUAAUAUUCAUUACUUCUGUAAAUCUAAGUAAUAACGCCGUAAGUGUGUGAUACUAACUCACAUCCGGGAUUUUUGCGAAGCACACGCAAGAUCCGUCUUUGUGUUAAACGGUUUGGCUACAAAGGGGGAAACUGAAAAUAAGAUUUCUUCAGCCGCCUUUGGUUACAAUCAUGUCAGAUUUAUUUGGCGCUGGUUCGGAAGAUUUGGAUUGGACCAGUGAUUUGGGGGUAAGCAAGCCAUUUUCCUUCUCUAGCUAGUUGGCGUUUAUUGCGAAACAAGCUUUCACUACUUGCCGACCACUUAGUGAAGUAAAAGUUAUGCUUGAAGUAUAUUGGCUGGCUUUACUUAUAAAUGACAGCAUUGUUAAGAUUUUCCACUAUAGAUGGUUUCCCGCCCAGUGGAAAUGUUCAAUGCACAAAAUAAAACCAGCUGAAUGGAAAGCUUAACGCUUGUGUAAAAGCAAACCAACAAAUCGAAAAAACAGGUUGGGUUAUUAAUUGACAAGAACUCUCGUAAAGUCUUACCUAAACUUAAUUAAACUUAAGAUCUGUGACCUUUGUUUAAAAACAGGAAUACGAAGGAGAGAGAAACGAACUCGGAGAAAGGCAUGGAUAUGGAAAAGCUGUUCUACCGAAUGGUGAUAUUUACGAAGGAAAUUAUGUUAAUGGAAAACGACAUGGGAAGGUUAAUAUUUCGAUAGACUUUUUACUUUAGUAAGUUUACUUGUAACAGAAACAGACAUUUCAUAGGCUAUCAACAGGAUACCUUUUUAUUAGAAUUGGCCUUUAGCGGUUGGCUUGAUUCUCGCUUAAGGAUAUUGCUUUACCGAAAAUUAACUAGAUAACCUUCCUAAAUAUUUAAGCCGAAUUAUUUUUAGUGCAGUAGCUUGGGACCAGUGUUUAUUUAUAUAUGGAGAGGGGUGAAGGAAAUCAACGACAGGGGUGGUUUUGUUCGAUGCCUUGUAAAUUAUUUCUGUUUGUGUAAAAAAUAAUUUGUUUCAAACCUGAAUGUAAUGAUUUUCUUAAAUUCUGUGGCCAUUUGAAAGUGAUGAAGUAGAAGACCAAUACCCACCCAUCUCCACCUAACACAGCCUGCUAUCACCCAUGGUAACUGCGUAGAAUUUGGUACCAUCCACUGUACAGUAGGCAUUGGCCUAAGUCCACUUCAUGCACCCAAAAUAAUGUGAACACAAAACUACAUAACAGAUGCCUACAAUUUUUUCUGGGGGGUCAAAUUUAGGUUAUGAAUGGAAAGAGGGUAACCACUAUUUAGAACUGAUGGGGCAUGGGGACGGGGAAUCCUUGCAGAAAUUUUUAUCAUGCAAUACAUUUUCGCUGCGACCAUCUCCAUAAAUAAUGGCCAGCCUCAUACCAUCCUGCAUGCAUGAUCUAGUAUGAGGUACAGGCUAACAUUUAAUCCCAAAUUUUGUCAGUGCCACAUCUUAUAUUUUUCAAAUCUGAGUUGCAUUUUUGACAGUAUUUUCAUAUAUAAAGCCACACUAGAUCCACAUUAGAGAUGGGGUGGGUUGUUGAUGGUGACUAGUACAAUGGGAUAAGUCCCUUUGAGGUUUACAUCUCCCCUAAAAAUGCACUUAGCAGGGUAUAAAAUGUACCAAGCUCUGGCUAAUGAUAAAAUCAUACAAGGUACUCUUGUUUACAGGGAACAUAUAUAUUUCGAAAUGGAGCCAAAUACAAGGGUUUUUAUGAUGAGGGAAAAAAGACUGGCCAUGGAACAUUUGAGUACCCUGAUGGAUCUAGAUAUGAAGGUAUGUACAGUUAUUUUCUUUUAAGUUUUCAACUAAGAUACGAAAAGCCAGUGUAUGUACUUAAACUCACUGAGAUAGAUGCUUUGUAUAAGAGCUUGGCUUAGUGCUUGGCCUGUCAAAGUGCCUGUUUUUUUGGCUAUUUUUGUUUGAAAGCCUUUAAAAAUUGCAUGCAGUUUCACUUAGUAGGAAUAGCAGAGACUGUCCUCUUAUAACAUUAUGUGUCAAACUGAAAGAAAAUUGCUAGCAGUUGAAUAAUCAUUUUAUGAUCUUUUAUUUAUUUCAUUUUCAACUAAAACAGUGAAUUUUAAAAUGAGCACUGGCUGGAGAAUACAUCUAUAGUUUGAGGCCUGGGUUACAAAGGGACCUAGCAUAAAGCAAAAUUAAGCUAGGCCAGUCAUACCUUGUCUUCAUUUUAACCCAAAAUAUUAAGAAAAACAAUAAUUACCGGUAGUUAGCUAUAUAGGGAAUAUCCUAAGGUUAUAUCCCCAUUUCAACAAAACUAAAGUUUCUAAAGAAGUACCUUUGUAAAAAGAGCUAAAAACUCUAGUGAUCUAACCAAGAAUACCAACAUUUCUGAACAUAGCAAAUCUUCUGAAAAUGAAAUAUAAGGCAAUAGACUAAAAAACUAAAAAGGUUUUCUGCUUGUUAGCAUCUGAUAGUUGUUUGAGGAAGUGUACCUCUGAUUUCAGCCAGGUCUCCUUGCAGCUCUCCAGCUUUCCCAGUCAUUAACAUCAAAAGUGGUAAUAAUUACUUAAUAGUUCAGCUAUUGUAAAUUUUAGUAUCAUCUCCACAGGCAACUGGGAAGAUAACGAACGUAAUGGUCAAGGCAUGUACCUUUACAUAAAUGGUGAUGUGUAUGAGGGAGAAUGGAAAGACAACAAGAGACAAGGAAAGGGUGUUUACACAUGUGCUGCCACCAAACUCAAGGUUUGUUGAGACCCUAUAAUUUUGUCUUUUAACAUUGCUAAACAUGGGCUUCCUGUGAAGUACAGAAGCCUAAUCCACCACCAAGCAUUCCUCAGAUGGAAGUGAGCGACAAUAACCAGUGUUUUGCAGAAGUCACGCAAAACUGAAAUUUUUGUAAUAAAAUAACCACCAAAACAGAUCGUUUUUUCAUGCAGAGGUUAGUCGAAACUGCAAAGUUUCAUAAGGAUUCAUUGCAAACCAGAAAAAAUGAACUUUCCUGUAUAUAUGAGCCCUUAAGUUGCAGGCCCCAUAUCUCUAUUACUUCACCACAAACAUCCUCAUGAAAGUUCCAUUUUUUUUUAAAUUCAACAUGAUAAAUAAAUUAUUUAUUGAUCUAGAGCAGCAUUAUUAAGGCUGUGUAAAAAAUAGGAAUAAUUGCAAACAUUGUGUGACAAUCUGCAAAACAUGCUAUGGGCUCAUAGAUUGUCCAUGCUUUCCAAAUAAUAGUUGGAGUCCCUGAGGCCCUAAGGUGACUUUUGUUGUACUCCUUUUGAUUCACAAGCUAAAUAAAUACAAGGCAGUUUGGAAGAGGAUUUCACAGUUUUAACACACUUUGGGCUAAAAAAAAACAAAAACAAAAUAAUAAAAUAAUAAUUAUUAGAAAUAUCCAUGGCUUCUGCAUGCAGACUUGAACAUGUUAUGUUUAUGUCCUUAUUGGUUUAAGUAUGAUGGAAGCUGGAUGAAUGGAAGACUAUCUGGACCUGUUAACAUGAUCCUACCAAACCAUGUUUAUCUGGGAACAUUUUACGACAGUUUAGUAAGUAUUAAUUCUUAUGAAAUUUGUGUGGACAGGGAUCCACUGGUUUGGGUGGAAAUGACAGGAAUAAAACAAGUUACGUGUAACAUAACAAGGGGGGGGGGGGGAGGAGGAGGAAAGUGGAAAAGGGACUUUUCCCCACAAAGUCCCCCUAAACUUUUUCAAACAAAAUGCAGUGUUUUCCCCAAUUCUAAUGUCUUGUGCCACCUUAAGAACAUGGUCUUCAUCACAGCAAUAAAAAAAUGGGAGUGUAAUCAAGUCAAAUUAUGAUCAUUGGAGUGUACUCCAUUUUGGUCUGUAGCCCACACAAGCGGUAAAAAAAGUCAGACAACCACAUAUUACUUUAAUGACAGUAUAAUAUAUAUGAUUAUAUAUAGACAGAAUUUGGAUUACACAACUUUGUGUAGUAAUAAUGUUUAAAUCAUAACCAAACCAAGAUGAGAUAUGUGACAAUUUCAACUUAUAUUUAAUGAAAACACAAUUAGAUCUCCAGAGUGUUUGCUAUUCCUAAGUGUGGAAAAAAAACAAUAUCAGAGUGCAUGCAGCUAUCCCAGUAUGCACAAGUGCAUGCAUACAGUCCAACUACAUAAUUUAUUAUUGUACUAUCAAAUAGAGUUUUCUAUUACAUUAGGGAGCUGAAGCAACAACAACAGCAGUGGCUACAAAGACAUCACUUAAAAAGGGAAAUUGCUCUGCCUUAGAAUUUUUCGCACUUAUUCCAUUUCAUCAAUUUUUUUUGGAGUUGAUAGAAUUCUAAAGGAUAGUAUCAAAGUUCAGGAAAAGAAAAGAAAGUUGUUGUUGUGUUCCCGUCCUCAACAAAAUGUGAAAUUAGGCACUAUCAAGUUGUAGUCAUGCAAUGACAGCUAAGAAAUGUACAAAAAAACGUGAUGCACCUGCAAAGUUGUUGUUUUGCCAAUCUAACCGCAUUAAUACUUUUUUACCAUUGUUGUUGCUGAAGCUCCAUAUUGUCCUGCUAAUGCUGAAAUCAGGUCUUCCAAUAUAGCCACUUGAGGGAGUUUUAUGACCUUGCAUAGAUAAUUUACAUCAUAAUUUGUUAGAACUAAAUAUUUUUAAUUUCCACAUACUAGCCAUGUGGACCAGGCAGGUAUGUCUUUGACUUUGGAAUUGAACAGCAUGGGGAAUACAUUAUUACUGAGAAGGUAUCUACAUAUUAAUUAUUUUAUUUCAAUACAUUAAUAUUAAUAUGACCUUACCGUACGUCUAAACCAAAUAAGUAUAGAUGUUCAUUACCACAAUGUUUUUACCAUGAAUUUGCCCCUCUUUGACCAAUUCUUUUAGGCAUUCCCCCUUUAAAUGUCUCUCGUGUCAAAGCUGUGUAGUUCAUAUUGUUGAUAUAUGUUACCAGUUAAAUGUCUAUGGAGCAUAAUGCUUGCAAAGUUAUUACUUGCAAAUGACUAAAUCACAGCUUCAUGUCAAACAAAUGUGUCUAACAAGCAUUAAAAUAAAUGAAAAUGUUACAAACAACAAAAACGACCUUUGAAAAACUGUUAGCCAGUAGUCCAACAAGUUUUCAAAUACCAUCUGCUUAAAACUUUUUCAAGUUUGUUCACCCAUGCCUUUUCAUACUUUUUUCUAAUGUUUUGGGUGGUUAAUUUUGUUUCACUCAAGUUGGUGACAGUUACGAUUGUUUGAAUUUCAAUAAAUUUUAUGACACAGCUCCUUGAAAUGAGCCUUCCCCUUCCCCAACUUAAAAAAAAGGCGACAAAAGGUUGAUUUCCAAUGAUGCGCUUUUGGCUACACAUGUUAACGCACAUAAAUUUUAAUCACAUAAAUAAAAUAGAAGCAAGAUAAAAAGUGCCCUCAGCUUAACCAAGAAGAUGAGCGAGGUUCAACUUUAUGCACAUAAAAAUUACGCAACACUGGAAAUUAACCCUAAGGGCAAAUCAAGUCUUUGAGACCUAGAAGUAAAUAUUUAUCUGUUGUGAUGUAAUUUGUAAUUUGUGCCUUUUGCUCUCACAAACAGUUAACAGAAAAUGAGGAACAGAUAAUGGAUGUUCCUGUCUGGAAAUGCAAACCAGAUCUUUAUCCACUGGGUUCAACAAAAUAAUAAACAAAAGGAAACAAUCACCUACGCAAACCAUGUCAGGUUCAUGUGUUAGACAGUUAGGGCUCAGCAUACUUCAUGUUAAUGACUGCUCUCAAAGGUUUUCCACAGUUUACAGUCA